AUGCAACCGCCAACACAAAAAUACGUCAUCAUCCGGGACAUUCCAGUCCUCCUGACCAAAAGUCACGUGACCGUCAGCGAAUACGAGCGUCUCAGACGAUACAGACCACCCUACGGUUGGGCCAACGUUUCUUUUGAAGAUGUUGCGUCCGCUGCAAGGCAUUUCAACGGGACGGUUCAUCGGUCGUUAUUCAACGUGUCGCAAGGGGGCUCACCUGUACGGUGUGCAGUUGUUGGAAACGGCGGGACUCUGAGGGAGUCUGGAAAAGGGAAAGAAAUAGACUCUCAUGACUACAUCUUCAGGGUGAAUGCUGCUAUUGUAAAGGGGUUUGAGAGAGACGUCGGCAGCCGGACGUCUUUCUACUUCCACACCGUCACGACACUGAAAGGUUCCCUGAUCUCCGCCAGGAAAUACGGCUUCGUUCAAGUACCAAACACAACGGAGACGAUUUAUGUUGACAUCCCUACUUUCGAGAGGGACUACUUGUUUAUGGAUGCUGUGUUGUCAUGGAAACCUGUUCAGAAGGGUGCAGACGCCAGUGAUUCGUGGCUGAACUCCACGCAUGGUUACGGCCGUUUCCAGCCGAUCUACCGCCCGUCUACCGGCGCCGUGGCCCUCCUCACCGCCCUGCAUGUCUGCGACGUCACCGACGCUUACGGCUUCAUCACCAAAACAUGGCGCAACUACACCAACCACUACUACGAAGACACCUUCCAAAAAUUCCUGUUUUAUGUCAACCACGAUUUCAAGAUGGAGAUUAAAUUGUGGGAUGACUUAGAUAGGGCAGGGAUCAUCAGUUUGUAUCGAGGAAAUAUAUCAGGAGGAUAG